AGUUCCUCCUUCUCCCCGGUGGGGGCAGCAGUGAGCUGCUCUCUGCUGUGAGAGAGCGCGCGGAGAGGAGGAGAAGAAGAGAACUUAGUUUCAGCAGGUUGGAUUUAAAGAUGCUGAAGAAGAAGCAGACAGUCUGGUGUGGUCCAGGCGGUGACUGACCGUCCGAUGCCUUCAUCAUGAUGCUGAGCUGCAGCGCUCUGCUGGUCGCCCUCCUGCUGACUCAGGUCCGAGGCUUCCUGAACUCCUCGGAGGACGACGGCGUCCCCGAGGAGUGGGUCCUUCUCCACGUGGUCCAGGGCCACAUCGGCGCCGGGAACUACAGCUACCUGCGCCUCAACCACGAUGGCCGGAUCAUCCUGCACAUGCAGAGCCUCAAAGGAGACGCCGACCUCUACGUGUCGGACAAAACCCUGCGGCCGAGCUUCGACACCUACAAGCUGCAGUCGGUCACCUGCGGGCAGGACGUGGUCGUGGUGCCGGGGGACUUUAACAGACCCGUGGGCAUCGGGAUCUACGGGCACCCGUCGCACAAGGAGAGCGAGUUUGAAAUGCGAGUGUUUUACGAUCAGACGGUUCUGCAGGACCCGUUCCACAAGGGCUCGUACAAUUCAGAGGACGGACACAAGAGUAAGAAAUCCCCUCAGGCGGCCGAGGACGACUUUCAGGAGGAGGAGUCGAUAUUUUGGACGAUUCUCAUCGGACUCUUGAAGAUUAUACUCGAGAUUCUGUUUUGAGAAUGGUUCUCAGGAGGAGGAGGUUUAGCUUUUCUGUUGGUAGAUGAACGUCACAGCAAACGUUCAGACGUUCGGAGUUUUAGUUCCUCGUGAUCAGAGACGGUUUAAAGUCCAGGUUUCUGAUUGGACGUGAAGCCUGCUGUGACCAAUCAGAGGAAGCUGUUUGAAGUUCUGAUUAGUUUAAAGAAGCUGCUGAUGUUUCUAAACUCAUGAAUAUCAAUCUGUUAACAUUCAUUUGAGAUUUUCUGCUCGCUCUCUUUUUUUCCGCCGCCUGUUGGACGGCGCUCCUGAUCCUGCGUUUGAGUUCAGUCCAGAUUCAAGUUUGUGACCACUGAGCAGAAAUGUUCAAACAGUGCCUUCAGAUCGCUCCUCUGCUGUCGACUCAAUCAGGUUUCUAAAUAAAGCAGCUGUCCUGCAGACUGUCGGAGA